AUGUCUAUCAACAAAAUUGCCGGCUCUCGUCGACAACGUGGCGGAAUUAAUCUCCGCAAAAAUCUCCUCGUUGCCUCCGUGCUACACUCGGCAAGAAUUCAUUAUUACGAGGAAAUGUGCAAUAGAAUGCCUGGACAUAUCGCCCUGGAACAAAGUCAACCUGAACCUACAAUGGACGAUGAUUGUACCGAGUCUCCUGACUGGGAAAACGACGAGGAGAACGAUGAUCAGGAGACAAAUUACGACGAGGAUAGCGACGAGGAAGAAAAUGAAACCGCGGGAAACUCUGCCUGCGAGAUCGAGAACAGCCGAGUGGUAGUUGAACAGAUUGCCACCGCGGCGGACAAAGAAAAUGUUGCCCCAUCUGGACAUUGCAAGUGCGAUAACUCUGAGAAUGUAAAGCUUGAAAACAACGGACAUCAAGCCUCAGACUGUGAUCGUGUAGCUUUCAGCAAUGUUUCACAAAAUUCACCACCUGAAGCCUGUACAACGACGACGUGUCUCACCGUUCCGAGCGUGAAGAGGAAAAGGACCGACACCGAAGAAGCCUGCGAAACGAUCGUGACCAAACGCGUCAAAGUCGACUCACAAUGCCAAACGGUUUCCACCCCAGACUGUGGCGCUCAAUCUUCUAUCUCAACUCUAGUGGACAUUUUCAAAGCUGGUUUUCAUGGUCUUGCUGGCGAGCCUGGAAACAAACUAUCGAGCUAUGUGGAGGAGAAGGAUUCGUCGUCAAACACCACACCGUCCUACACGACCCUAAGCACACACAGUCGACCAUUCGAGUCUAUACAAGCCGCUGCAGUCAUCGCUGCCUGUUGA